AUGGCCAUCCAGUUCUAUAUCAAAGCCAAAUAUAACACCAGACUAACGAUUUUUGGGAAUUCUAGGUUGGGCGAUCGCGUAGCAGAUAAACCGACUAGACAAUCUGCUCCAAAGACCAAAUCGGGGUUGCAGAAAGUGUUACGACUGACAAGUGACGAAUCAUGGAAACAGUGGCUGCAAAGCAGGCUGGUGAAACCAUGGUGGACAGAGCUCUGGAAUGACUGUUUAAAGACAAGAGAAAAGGGAAUUAGAAGUGUGGGACUCGCUGAAGUACAAGAACGGAUGCUGAGCGGUGAAGCAAAUGGGAUCAUGAAAUACUCGACAACUCAACCCGACAAAGAGGAGUGGGACCUCGCCGACCAUAUCGCAAGAUUCAUAUGGAACACGGGAAGCCUGAAUGAGAAAUCCAACGAGGGAGUGUUCUAUAAUCGCCGUUUCAGCGAGGAUUAUCAGGCAAGCAUCAUGUGGUCAUUGAAGAGUGUGCUCAUACAAAUGCACAGCCCAUCAUACAUCAACAAACCAACUGGUGGGACUGCGAUAUUGGGGACAAAAAGAGACGAGUCUCCAAAAGAGGCCACCACAACAGGGAAGAAGACAAAGGCACACCUCACAACAGUCUCACAAUCGAGGUUGGAAGACCCUGGAAAAGGCUUUUCCAGGGCCUUCAAUGGUUUCUAA